GUUUCAUGGAGCUUAAAUCUGUAUAUCUUUAGAGUUUGUAUCAAAAUCAUUCGAGUUCUAAACGCUGGCGCAGUAACAUUUAAUCGAAUCUAAACUUAAUAUCGCGUAGACGUUCAAAUUUUGCGAUCCGAUCAUUAAAAAGUAAACAAGUUUCGACACAUUCUACACAUCAGACGAAUUAAAAUGGAUGCUGCGACCAUAUCAUCAAUGCCCAACAACAAAUCAACGCCCAGUGGUGGCUUCUCUCUGUUGAACCUUGAAAAUCGCGUAUUUUGUUGUUUCUUACUAUGGACCAGUGUUUUGGUUGGCAAAAUGUUGUUGAUGUCUAUGCUAACGGCAUUGCAACGCUUCCGCAAUAAGAUUUUGGGUCUAAUGCCACACAGUCUUCUUAAAAAGGUAUUCCCGAACCAAGAGGAUCUGUUUUUCAAGAAUAUAGAAGUAGCUUUCAAUGAUCCACAUGUGGAAAGAGUUAGAAGAGCCCAUCGCAAUGAUAUGGAAAAUAUUUUACCCUAUUUCACCAUGGCUUUACUCUACAUUUGCACGGAUCCAAAUCCCACAAUUGCCUGCAAUCUGUUUCGCGUAGCCUCUGUGGCACGUAUUAUUCACACCUUGGUGUAUGCCUUCCGUCCUGUGCCACAACCUUCCAGAUUUUUAGCUUUCUUUGUCAUGUUCCUCAUUACCAUUUAUAUGGCAAUUGUUGUUGGUUUUGAAAAUUUGAAAUAUAUUUAAAUUAAAAGGCAUUUCAUUUAAA